AUGUCAGAUUCGGAAUUGCUAGCUGAGCUAUUGUCGCAAAAAAUAACCGAGGUCAGACGGAUUACGAAAAAAACUCCAGCUGGUAUAGUCGGCACACCAACUCUAGUGCUCACUAUCAAGAGCACGGUCAUCCCUGAAUUUGUAAAUUUCGGUCUCCUCCGAGUCCGAACGCGUAUGUAUAUACCCCAGCCAUUACUCUGUCGCCAAUGCUUCUCUUAUGGACACACGAAGAAACGAUGUACGAACGAACGCUCGUGCAGUAUCUGUUCCAGUGCGAAACACGACAGCAGCGAGUGUCCAGGCCAAAAAUUUUGUCGAACAUGCCAAUCACAUGAACACGCACCAUCCGAACGCACUUGUCCGAAAUGGGUUGAAGAAUCCGCCGCUCUUCGAAUCAGCGCAGAGAAAAAUAUAUCGCUUGCCACAGCUCGUCAGCAGAUUAAAAGUAACAACAAUAACAAAAACAGCUACGCAAACAUCGCCCGAUCAGGAAAAGAUGGAACUCCACAUCACUCGGAAAAAAAUCUACAGCAGCAAAAACAACAACAACAGCAAAAACAACAACAACAACAACAACAACAACAACAACAACAACAACAACAACAACAACAACAACAACAACAACAACAACAACAACAACAACAACAACAACAACAACAACAACAACAACAACAACAACAACAACAACAACAACAACAACAACAACAACAACAACAACAACAACAACAACAACAACAACAACAACAGCAGCAGCAGCAGCAGCAGCAGCAGCAGCAGCAAAAACAACAACAACUACAACAGCAAGAGAGAAAAAAACAACAACAACAACAAGAAAGUACAACAAAACUGCAGCAGGCAAAACGUGACCACAACACUUCAGCAUCGGGACAACCAGCUAUUGGACCGACCACCCCUUCACCCCCUCGAAAGAAGACCCCCUCUCCAGCUUCUCCCCCCGACUCCUCGGACAAAGGAGUUGGACAAGAGAACAAUGAUUCAUCCUCUGCCGCAGAACGGCAAACUAAUGUUAAGAAUCCCACCUUCUCGCCUAAACUCCCUCCAACUUCCUCUAACCCUUUCCAACCCCCUAGUAUUAAAUUUAAUUCAAAGAAGAACCUCGGCACAAAAUACUUUGAUAAAGUGAAUUGGCCUAGCUAA